AACAAAAUGAAGUGGAACCGAGGGUAAUAAAAAUGUAGUUCUGCCAUAAAUAGCUUACGCGAUAUUCAUACUUUUCAUACCAAUUUGAUAACCCGUUUUGUAAAAAAAAAAAAAAAAAAAAAAAACAUGAACAAAAGUAUAGUUUUAACUUUGACGUAUGUGACAUUUGUUUCCGGGUGAAGAGGGACAGGAAAGAGACCGCCUGACCUGCUAAACCUUGAUUGACAUGGCAGCCAAUGGAGCAAGCUGUGAACAGCCUCAGAAACGAGCAGGAGCUAAAGACAGACAGAAUGGCAAGUCUACAGACUUCUCAGUAAGGGAGAGGCGACAGAAAGAUAAGGAGGAUCGCCUGUCCCUGGUGUUAUGGAGGAGGCCUGUCACCACGCUGCAUUAUUUCCUCCUGGAGACCCUCAUCAAGUUAAAGGAGUGGACAUUUAAGCUUUGGCAACGACGAGGUGUGGUGUUCUUAGUUUUGGUGUUGUGUUCUCUGUUCUCCAUUGCCUACUCCACUGAGGGAGCUCACCAACAAUAUGUUGAGUAUCUGGAGAAGAGGUUUCUGUGGUGUGCCUACUGGGUUGGCCUUGGAAUCCUGUCCUCUGUCGGCCUUGGGACUGGCCUGCACACCUUCCUCCUUUAUCUGGGUCCUCACAUAGCAUCAGUUACCCUUGCAGCAUAUGAGUGCGGCUCUACAGACUUUCCAGAGCCUCCUUACCCAGACCAGAUUGCCUGUCCACAAGGUGGAGGGGUAGAGGGAAGUAUCUCCCUCUUGACAAUCAUGUCAAAGGUUCGCUUGGAGGCCUGCAUGUGGGGGGCAGGCACUGCCAUCGGAGAGCUGCCUCCAUAUUUCAUGGCCAGAGCAGCUCGUCAGUCAGGAGCUGAUCCAGAUGAUGAAGACUAUGAGGAGUUUGAGGAGAUGCUGGAGCAGGCGGAGGGUGCUCAGGAUUUUGUCACAAGAGCCAAACUGGGAGUCCAACAUAUGGUGCAGAAAGUGGGAUUUUUUGGGAUCCUGGCAUGUGCCUCUAUCCCUAACCCUCUCUUCGACUUGGCUGGAAUAACUUGCGGUCAUUUCAUGGUUCCCUUCUGGACAUUCUUUGGAGCAACUCUAAUCGGGAAAGCCAUCAUCAAAAUGCAUAUACAGAAACUCUUUGUGAUCAUCACCUUCAGCAAGCACAUAGUGGAGCAAAUGGUGUCACUCAUAGGCUCUGUGCCCAAAGUGGGACCAGCACUCCAGAAGCCCUUCAGUCAGUACCUGGACGCACAGAGGAACAAGCUGCACCAUGCUGGAGGCAGUGCACCGGCGGAUGAGAACUGGCUGUCAUGGGUAUUUGAGAAGGUGGUGCUGGUCAUGGUUUGCUACUUUGUCAUCUCCAUUGUUAACUCCAUGGCUCAGAGCUAUGCCAAACGUCUGCAACAGCAGAGGCACUCAGAGGAGAAAACCAAGUGAUGACGACACACAGCGAUACCAACAUCCAAGUGACUGUUUCCUGCUGCUGCUGAGAGCCCUUCACUCAGCCCCAGCCACCUACAACUUAACAACAAACCUCACCCCACCCCCAUUCAUUCUCAGACGCUGAGCGCUCAAAAAAAACUAGGCACUAUUUGAUGGUGUGUGUGCUUUUAAGGGUGUAUGUAUUUACUGUUCAUCCCUCUUCUUUAGGUUUUGGUAGUUCUUCCUCUCAUCUCAUCUCACUCUGUAGGUAUGUGUAGUGUGAUUGGUUCCAUUUCUGAUCUUAACAUGUUACUUUAAUGUUAAAUUAACCCAUUCAUUGACCUCAGAUGUUAAGCAGCAGUUUGGCGGUGACUGCUGCGUUCGGGCAGUGCCCAUCAGAUGCUAUGCCUUAUGCAAGACAGGAAGGUCUGACCUCCCUUGAAUAUAGUUCUUGACUUCUAAACUUGAUUUUUAUUUAAUUUUGUACCAUUAACGUUUGGAUGGAUCUUGACUUGUUUAUGCAGUGUGCUGCUGAGAUAACUUCUAUGGAUGGUCUUACUUUCAGGGUUUAACUUUCCUCAUGUUUCUGUCCUCUUAAACAGAAAGAAGUUCUUUUUGUUUUGUUUGUUUCUGGAAUUGUCAACUUAAAAUGACAGUGAAAAAAGCAAUAUCAACUAAAAACAGUGUGGUAUUGAUGGUUUGCACAUUGUGUAAAUAUCUUAUCUUUUUGACAGUAUGAGCAGAUGUGUUUGUGGACAUGAGUGGACUUGAACCAAAACAACGAAAAAAAAGAUAUCAUUUGUAAAGUGGCAUUGUACUCUCAGCUGACUAGUACCAUUUCUAUUCUGUACAUUUGGGUUGAACCUUGGAUUGGAUCAUAUAUAAAAUCUGUACAUCAUUGCACUUGUUUUGUCAUUUUUAUAGUCUCUUGUAGAAAAAGCUGAACUGAUUUUGUAUGAAUGGCUGUAAUUUGUUUUAACCAUCACAAUCCCAAUGUUCUCUUUGAAUUGAUCACCUCUGAGGUAAGUGAACUACCACUCGUUCAAUUUCAUUUGAUAUAUUUAUAGUAUUUCUGAGAGGAAGAUUCAUGUUCUUUCCUUCAAAGUCACUGCUAAAUUGUUCUCACUUUUCUUUGGACUUCACCCUGUUGGUUCGGACUAACUGCCUGACUCCUGGCAGUGUUUGGGAUAAGUCCUGCAGGACACAGGUCCUGGUGGACUGGAAAGAACAGGUUCCUUUCUGUCUUUUUGGUAGUGUCCUCAUAAACAUCACUUUCCCAUCCCAUCAGCUAGCUUAUCAGACUGGUGUUGGCUGUUUAAUUUGCACGGCAACAGCUCUCUGUAAGCUGACUGAAGUUGUGGGUCUUCAGCAUUUCAUCUGUGCCUCUAAGCAUAUACUAAGACUGCACUUCCACUGGUCCUUUAGUGCAACAACCUGUCUAGUGUGUGACUUUGAUUUUAUGCUUAUUAAGCCAGUUCUUAAUAAACUGAUGUAAACUUGAUGACCAAUAAAGGAACUGAAAUUUGUAA